AACUUUUAAUGUUAUAAAUAGUUCGAAAACUGAAAUUUAUAGCACCUAUUUUUGUGUAUUGAUGUCAUAAUAAUAAAACUCUCGCAUCAGACUCCUGGCAUUUUAUAAUCGAAGGCUAACGUAUACAAACAGCAUCAAUAUUUUAUGAAACAUCGUAAUUUAAUCCCGUAUAAAUUGAAAAUAAUUACGUCUGAAGGCGAGGAUUUUGAAUGGAUGGUGUCUCGAAUCGUAAAUUAAUGGAAUUAUAAAUAAAAUUGUUCUAAGGCAAAUUAUUUCGCAAAACAUAUAACGUGUGUGAAUGUUUUUUUAGUGCUUGUGUGUUUUACUGACAUAACUGGUGAUCUAUUAGGAUUAUUUGUACAUGUGUUUUAGUUUUUUUGGCCAUUAUUGUAUCUUUAUUGGAGUUAGGUGCCAUUAAUGAUUUUAAUCGGGCGGUCACUGUAUAUGAAUCCCUGUCAUGGAAAUAACAAAGAUCAGUAAUAACUUGGCAUGAAAACAUUGUGAUUGAUGAAAUAUUAAUAUUGCAUAGUGAUUUCACUUUACAACUGUUAGAUUCUUGUGGACAUAGUAAAUAUUAUAACACCUGAUAAGUCGCUCUGUAUGCUCCAGACUCCUAAUUACUUUUCUUACAUAAACACGUAACACUUGUUUUAUCUUGGCAAAGUCCGGCCGAUUCGUUUUGUACACCUCCGCUCCAGCACACCGACUCUACACGCAUAUACUAUUAUUAUGGCAGACAUCAUUCUAAAUUCGUCGCUAAAAAUCGAAUAGGUAAACUAGGCGUCAGGCCAACGUCAUUUCGGAAAAAAGAAAAAAAAUAAAAAUGUUUCGAGAAAAAUGUCCGCCGCCGGUGUGACAACCGUGAGUGCAGGCUUUUCCGGUUUGGCAGUCGUGGAAAAAGGCCACGUGAUCGCGUCCAGGGACACCGAUUCGUCGACAUUGAUUCGCAAUUUGCCGGUGUAGUGUUGUUUUUUCUGCAAUCACGUGAUUGAGGAUAAAACAGUUAAUUUUAACCAUGGACCGAUCGAUGUAUGGGAAAAUCGUACCGGGGACUUUGAACCCUUUUGAGUGUACCAUGAAACAUGGGACUCCUGCACCUGGAUGUUCUCAACUGAAGAAGCAUCCCAAAAUACCAAUCUACGUAGUAGAAUAUCACCAUGAAGUUUUGCCAUUCAUCUACCGGAAUAUUGGUUCUAAACAUCUACCGUUGGAAGGAUCUACUUUCAUACAUUUUGAUUCCCAUCCUGACAUGCUUACCCCAAAAAAUAUGCCAGCAGAAACCGUUUAUGACAAAGAAAAACUGUUUGACGAGAUUAGCAUAGAAAAUUGGAUUUUGCCUGCUGCUUACGGUGGUCAUUUGAAGAAGCUGUUGUGGGUAAAACCACCUUGGGCAAAACAGAUCGAGGAUUCCAGUCAGGAGUUUUUGAUUGGUAGGAGUAAAAGUGAUGGAACUAUUAGAGUUAAUUGUACAGAGAACUAUUUUGUUUACGAGUGUCUUUAUAAAAGUGCUACUGAGCUGGAUAAUACUAAAGAAGUAGGAUUGGAUGUGAUUACUAUUGGCAAAAAAAUCAUUGGAGAAGAGGAUAAUUUUGAAGCGGUACGGAGAAUGCUAACAACUUAUGAACUUCCUUUGAUCUUGGAUGUAGAUUUGGACUUUUUUAGUACAAGUAAUCCGUUUUUGAAUAUGUACUCUGACGCUCGCAUGUACGAUCAUGUCAAGGAAAUUUUUAAGUUUCAACCACCGAAAUCCAAAAGUCAUGAAGAUCUUGCUAGUUUUAUAUCAGAGAGGAAGAAACAGUUGGAUCGUUUGGAAAAACUCUUUAAACAUAUUCACAAGCAUAAAUCUCUACCAGAUAAUAGUGACUUAAGUGAUGAGUUGCUUUUGAAAGUUUCAAAGCUAAGAGAAGAAGUUUUAAAGCACUACGAAGAGAAAAACGUAGAUUGGGAAUUGAUUUUUGAUGCCGGUUGUACUUGUGACGACUCUGAUUUGCCACACCACGUUACAUCUGAAGAAGGCCUGAAAAUUAUGUUUGAUAGUUUCAAAACUUUUCUAGAGCUUCUACCAUGCGCUCCUGUCAUUAUUACAAUUUCUAGAUCAACAGAGGAUGAUUAUACUCCCGGAGAAGAUGUAGAGUUAAUUCAGAAAAAAGUUAUUGCUAUAUUAGGGGAGAAAUUUAACUGUGCUGAUCCGGUUUUGAGCUAUGAAGAAGCUGAUGAUUAAUUCGACUUUAUUAUAAUUUAUUUGAUUCAUUGUAUAUUUAAAUAAUUUAUUGUAAUCUCAAGAAAAGUUUAGACUUAAAUAAACUGAAUAAAACCUAA